UCCCUUCUGACCCCCAUCGGUUUGAGAAACAGAGAGGAUUGGCUUUGAUGCUGUGAGAUUUAGAGGAUAUUGUUCGAAUUAUUCUAUGAGUUCUAUGUCUCUGAUGGAGUGGAACACUAAAACCCCGUUGCAAUGGGAGUGGGAAAACCUAAUGAUGUUAAAUGCGACACCGACUGAACUUCCAAGGAAGCUAAUACCGGUGGAGUGGGAUAUUGAUGGAGAGGAAGGAAUGGACUCUGGAUCUCUCUAUUCUUCUGGUGCUGCUGCUGGAGGUAGUGGUGUUUCUGGCUCGGAUUUGGGCCGUGCUUCUUCGUCUAAAAGUUUAAAAUCGGCAUCCAUUAAUUCUUCAUCUUUUGGAGAGGUAAAAGCGACCAGAUUUACUUUGGAGGCUUUUGAAGCUAUCCCAGAUAAUGUUAGCAAAAAGAAAAAGGCCUCCAAGGUUGAGCACUCUGGUAGCUUCCCAAUAUUUGAAGCUUCAGUCGGCUCUGGUGAGCCAUUACUCAGUUUAAAGCUCGGUAAGCAAACAUACUCUGAGGACGUUUUUUCAGGUAGCAAUGCGAAGCCUUCAUCUUAUUCUGCAACACAUGCACCAUCUCCUACCCCAGAAAAGAGAUCCAAACUCAAUUGUCAGCGUACACAUCUUUGUUGCCAAGUUGAAGGCUGUAACCUCAACCUUUCUUCAGCUAAGGAUUACCAUCGGAAACACCGAAUCUGUGAAAGUCAUUCAAAGAGCCCUAAGGUCAUUAUAGGUGGUCUGGAACGUCGGUUCUGCCAGCAGUGUAGCAGGUUCCAUGGCCUGUCGGAGUUUGAUGAAAAGAAGAGAAGCUGCCGCCGGCGUCUUUCUGACCACAAUGCAAGGCGGCGCAAACCACAGACAGAAGCAGUCCACUUCAGUGCUGCAGGGCCUUUAUCUGCAGAAUAUGAUGGAAAACAACUGAUUAGUUUUUCCUGGAAUAAAGUGCCAUUUAUUCAUAAUGCUAGACCGAAUGAAAAUUUUAUGUGGGAAGGAACAUUCGACUCCCGGUCCUCUCAAUUGAAAGGUUAUGCAACUACGAAAGCCGGAAAUGUCAAUGUGCAGCUGCAACUGCCAGGCAAUCAGCCACUGAAUUCCAUUGCAACACAAUGUCAUGAUUCCACCGGCACCGCCGAGGUUCUCAACCAAGGUAUAGAAGAAUCCACAUCUGCUUCGAAUAUGGGUACGACGCAAGAUCUUCAUCGUGCUCUCUCUCUUCUGUCAAAUGAGCGCUGGACUUCCUGUGAGCCGCCGAAACGCGGUUCACUUUCCUACCCCAUGCAUGUUAAUGGUACCAGCAUGUCUCAGCCCACAACAAAUGCAAUUUCAGAGAGUUUCUCUUUCCCACAUGCCUUGUCUGAAAACUGGCAGAUGGAACAACAAAGGACGGCUCAACCCCUAGUGCAGACAAGCUUGCACGGCGAUGGCGACAACCAUUUUCAAGAGUUCCAGCUCCUUAGGGCUCCAUAUGAUGGCUUUUAUUCCCAUCAGAUUAAUUAACUGCCACAGAUUUCAAAUCCCAAAUUUCAACCGGGCAGGGCUCACGUGUAGAAGAAAAAGUCUUUGCUAGUGUAGGACAUGCUAUCCCCAUAUUUUGGAAUUCUUGUUUCUAUUUUAUUUAUAUCUAAAGUCAAAAUAACUCUAAUUAUUGCGUGCAAGAACGAAUUGCUUUAAUGUCAUU